AAAAGGAACGAAAAACUUGAGGUCAUGGAAAAAGACGUGAUAUCAGAAGCCUCGGAGUCCGAUGCUAACCAGAAUUGUAACCCAGGUAUGGCCCCAACUACAUUUGAGACACUUAAAGAUAAUGGACGUCUGACUCCAAGCGAAAUUAAAAAUGGCAUUCAUGGUGAACAUGGAGAGCCUGAUGCAGCCAGUGCUGCGUCAGGUGCCGCCGAGGCUACUGUUGGUGACACAACUCCCUCCUCCCCGCAGCAGUCUUGUACCUCACACCUUACCCAACCCAGCAUUGCACACACAUCCCUGUUACCCUCUUCUACUGACACUACGGCUACUCACAACAGCACAAGUAACCCCAGUGGGAGUGGCCAUAACGGCGAUGUUGACAUGACAACCAUCCUCAAUGAUACCUGCACAACCCUAGGCAAAGACGACGGCCACAGUAGUGGCAGCGAGAUAACCACCAUUCUGAACGACAAUCCAAGCGGCACUACAGUAGUUGGUAACAGUGAGGGCAAGACUCUGAUAAGCGACAGUAGUGAUGAGGGGACACCGAUGCUAGUGAAUGAUAGUGAUCAAAAUAGUGGCAAUGUUAAUGACAGUGAAACGACUUCCAAAGUUACUGACAGUGGCUAUAACAGUGUGAAUGAUAAUGGAAGCACAGCUCUAUUGAAUGAUAGUGAUCAUAGUAAUGGAGACACAGCUACUGCUCUCAAUGAGUGUGGUCUAGACCAAGGAGUCCAUAAUGAUAAUGCAGAACAUGGGGGCACAACCUCUACAAUUUCAGGUGAAGAUCAAGGGGGCACCAACAAUGCAAACACCAUUUUAACACAAAACAAUGUUCCUGGGCUCACUAGUGGUAGUGCGGCUUCUCUGCACAACACUAAUGGACAUGUUCACCAACAUCAAGGGGGCAGUUCCCCAAACAGGUACUCUCCAAACGGCCACACAACUCAGAUGUCACCCCGUGGACCGAGUCCUCACAACCAGAACACUUCAGGACCAGGUACCUCCCCGCCUAACCACCAGCACGUUGUUCAUGUUCAUGUGAAUUCUGGAGAGACCUUUUCCAUGCGUGUCGGCGUUAUGGGUGACCAAUUCCAGCAUAUCCAAGGUCCAGCCACUGUAAGAAUGGUUUCUAACACUGGACCGCCUUUACCGAUGCCAAUGCAGGUUCCUCAGGGUCACAUGGUACAACAGAUCGUGGACGAGCAUGGGAUUCUGACACAUGUUAUUUUAUCCCCUCAACCUCCAGGCAUGCCUGUACAGCCAAUGACGGGUGGACCAAACAACAAUGCACCUCAGUAUUACCAGGGUUAUACGCCUCACUAUGCCACCCACCCAUAUCAUCACCACACCCACCCGGGGGCGUCGUCACAUGUACCCGCAGGAGCACCUACACAUCCUCACGGCACCCCACCCCCACCAAGCUGUAGUCUAUCCAGUGGACCAGUUCACACUCCAGGACCAAGUCAACAAAGUUCAAUGGAGAACAGAACAAAUCGGCAGAGAGAGAAAGUACGGAAAAAGUAUUAUCAGAGACUGGAGGAAGGAUUUUACAACCAAAGGCCACCUCCCCGGCGAUCUACUAAGCCUAAAGUAAAUGGAGAGAUCCAGCCAGGAAGCAUAACCAACACACCCCCAGUAGACACAGGACAGGACCUAGAAGAAGAAAGGAAGAUCAUUCAACACCAAUUAUCUAACAUGCCUGAACCAGGGGUAACAGAAGUGGAAGCAAGAAGUGCCUUAAUUCACCUGGCACCACCAGAAUAUGAUCAGAAUGAGUUUGUGAUAGAAGCAGCGGAGUUCCAGUAUGAGCUUCUGUUGUCUGAUAAAGGAAAGGAUGGCAAAUAUAAGUUGGUCUACUCGGGUGAUGCAACAGAAAUUACACUAAAAGAUUUGAAACCAGCCACUGAAUAUCAUUUAAAAGUAUGCACAUCACUGGAGGAUGUAAAAGGCAGUGCGACAGAGCCUGUGAGAUUUCUGACGGCGAUCUGUGAGCCGGAUCCCCCACAAAUGCCGAAGUUACAUGCGCGGACCAAAACCUCCAUUACUCUUAAAUGGAACGCAACAUGUGAAAAUGGGGCUAGAAUCUCAACGUAUACACUAGAAUGUGAUAAGGGCCAAGGAGAUGGUUUCACUGAAGUGUACAAUGGUCUCCAGCGCCAACAUCGGGUCUCAAAGCUUCAAGCUACCACUAAAUAUACUUUUAGGUUAGCUGCCAUUAACAGUGUGGGUAAAAGUCAGUUCAGUGACCUUGCCAGCUACUGUACUAGUGGUAGUGUUCCAUCACAGCCAGAUCCACCCAUGCUGUCAGAAACUUUCAUCUCCGCCCUCACAAUCUCCUGGAUCAAACGCACCAAUGAGGACAACUUCCUUCUUCAGAUAGAGGAUGAAACAACAGGACAUGGUUUCAUCACUGAAUAUAAUGGACCAAAUCUCUCUCACAAAGUAAAGGCAUUACGACGAAACACUGAUUACAAAUUCAGGUUGGCAGCAGUGAAUGAUGAGGGCCAAAGUAAGUGGAGUGAGGUCUCCUGUUUCCGUACUUUACCUGACCGACCAAGUCCUCCUCCCAAACCUCAAAUCAAAGGCAAGAUCCUUGCCCAUAGCUUCAAGGUGGUGUGGGACCCCCCCAAGGAUAAUGGAGGAUCUGAUAUUACCAAAUAUAUUGUAGAACUAGACGACGGCAGAGGCGGAGGGUAUGAGACAUUGUAUGAGGGGUCAGAUAGGGAACACAAAUGUGACCAUCUCAUUCCAGGCCAUACUUACAUGGUCCGCGUGGCCUGCUGUAGUAAAGGUGGACGAAGUGAUUUCUCCGACUUCUGUAUGGCUACCACACAUGCUGUUUCCCCAGGACAGUGCCAUGCUCCUAAGCUCCAAGGCAAACCCAAAGCUACUUCCCUUCACUUACGCUGGAGUUACCCAGAGUAUGACGGAGGGGCAAAUGUUAUGGAGUUUGCAGCUCAGAUGAUCAACCCGGAUAACACAAGCCGAGAAGUGUUCAAAGGUCGUGACCUUGACUGUAUAGUGGCCGGUCUGUCACCAGGACGUCCAUACCUAUUCCAAGUCCGGGCAUUCAAUAUGGUUGGGGGUGGACCCUGGUCAGAGCCUUUGGAGGUAGUGAGUGGAGCAGGGGUACCAGAUCCCCCUAAAACUCCUCUCGUUAACUGUCGCUCCCCCCACAGUGCAAUGGUGUUGUGGGAUUCUCCUGUCAACAAUGGUGCUACAAUUACUGAUUACAGGCUGGAGUGGCAGCACAAGUCAGACCUCGACUUCACACAGUUAUAUUUUGGUUCAAAUUUGAAUUAUGAAGUGAAGGGCCUGACACCUGCCACCCUGUACAGUUUUCGUGUUCAGGCAGUCAACAGCGCAGGGUCUGGACCGUUCAGUGCGGUGGCGACCUGCGUGACCCCGCCUUCUAGUCCGUCGCCUGUUGUGUACAUUCGUCACACAGCCAAUGCCAACACCAUUUCUCUGUCCUGGAAAGAGCCCAACUGUAACGGUAGUGACAUUAGCGCCUAUAAUAUUGAUAUUGGUGAAAAACAACUUAUCUCGACAAGCGCCGUCACCGAGUAUGUCUUAGAGGAGCUGGCUCCCGAGUCUGUGUACAAGGUGCGGAUACAAGCUGUCAACGGCAUUGGAGUAGGUGCAUUCAGCUCACCAGUGCGGAUAUCAACCAAGCCCCUGCCCCCUAACCCUUCUCGGCUAGAGUGUGUGAUUUUUGCUCCCAAUAGUCUAAAACUUAAGUGGGGAGAUGGGCGGAACCCCGAUAUGGUUACAUACACUCUAGAAAUGGAGAGAGAAGAUGGAAACUUCCAAUCCGUGUACAGUGGUCCAGCCCAUGCUUACAAGGUCAACAAACUAACAGAGAUGUCAAGUUAUGACUUCAGAAUAUUUGCCAGCAAUGUGGCAGGGAAUGGCCCGUAUUCCGAGGUUUUCACUUUCACCACCACAAAGGCACCGCCACCGGCUUUGAAAGCACCAAAGAUCCAGGAUGUACAGUUGAAUAGCUGUUCAGUGGAAUGGACGAGUGUACGACCUAUGGGCUCAGAUAGCAUUGUGUAUAUCCUACAGCUUCAGAGUCGGGACCAUGAAUACAAACAGAUGUACAGAGGCCCUGCCACUUCUUACAGCCUACACACACUCGGUCCAAAGACAGAGUAUACGAUACGAGUGUGUGCCGUUCGGCAGUGUGUGGACAAAUCAGAUGAUGUAAUGGGUCCUUUCAGUCCUUCAGUAAUGUUCACCACGCCAAGCUUGGAACCAGCCACAAGCUUAGAGCCAAAACUCUUGGAGACAAAAAUCGUUGAACCAAAACAACUAACUGACCAACAAUGGGCAAUGAUCAUAUUGCUUGGGUUUGUCAUAUUUGCUUGCCUUGUAGCCUUCGUGGCACAACAAAUUAUUCUCUACACUUCCAGUCAUUCGGGACGACAUGACGACUUAUGA